AUGGAUUUAGCAUUAAUAAUAGUAAUAAUGUUAAUAAUAUUAACAGAUCAUCAGUUUUAGAUGGUUUAUGUGAUUUUUUUAGUGAAAUAGUAGACUGCUUUUCUGAUUGCUUUUAAGCUUUCAAAACUAAUUGUAUACCUGAUGGAAGCUGUAAAGUUGAAGAUUUAAAGGAGUGUAAUUGUUAUGCUUGUUGUAUUGGAUGUGAUUGUAAUGGAUGUAGUGAUUGUAAUGGGUGCGAUUGUAAUGGAUGCGAUGGUAGUUGUCAUAAUUGUAGCUGCGAUGGAGGAUGUGAUUUAAAUGGAUGUGAUUGCCCUAUAAGUUGUCUAUGAUUACAUUAUUUUAAUGUGGUUUGUGAAUAUUUUAAAAAAUAAAGUAGUAAUAUAAACUAUUUUUUAUGUUUAAAAAAAUGAAUGA